UGAUCCCUGGGAUGUGGGCAGGAGGGUGAGGGUGCCAGGGGAUGGGGUAUCCAUGGGCUGUGAUCCCUGGGAUGUGGGCAGUGCAGGGUGAGGGUGCCAGGGGAUGGGGUAUCCAUGGGCUGUGAUCCCUGGGGAUGUGGGCAGUACAAGGGCUGCAAACUCCACCGGGACAUGGGUCCUCGGGGAUUCAGGCACUCCGUAACACAGGCACAGAGGUGCUGGGGGUGUUUGUGCCUUGCUGUGCCCCCACAGGCGGUGGGAGAUCCUGGAGGCCAUCCCAGGGUAUCGAGUUCYCAUCACUGGAGUGCUGGGAUUCCCAGCUGAUGCAUGGAUAUGGGGCUGCGGCCAGGGAACUGCUCCUGCCUGUCCCUGGGGUGUUGGCUUUGCUUGGGGACCUGGGGAGCGAUGACUUCAUGGCCCUAUUAAGGACUGAUUUCCAUCCAGGCAGGGAAAAUAAACAAGUGUAGGUGUCGUUUACCAUGGAAAGUUACCGGGGCUGUGGGGAGGCACUGCCUGCUUUCAUUGGUGGCCCGGAUUUCUCCAUUUACCUCCACGGGACGAUAAUCCCUAAAUCCCAACGAGAUUAAAGGCAGAAAGAAAGGUGGCCGGAGCGGCUCCUUCGCGAUGGUUCCCAGAUGAUGAAAUCCCGCGUCUGUCUCACCCCGAUUAACCUGGGCRCUGAGCUCAUCCCCCAAAAAUACCAGGAGCAACGAGGAUCCGGUUAAGCCCACGGCAGCCAUGGCACUGGUGAAGAGCGGUUGGCUUUGGCGGCAGAGCUCCAUCCUGCGCCGCUGGAAGAGGAACUGGUUUGUCCUCUACCUGGAUGGCAGCUUGGUUUAUUACCACGACGAGACGCAGCGGGACAUGGACGGCCGGAUCCACAUCAAGUACAGCUGCCGGGACGUGCGGAUCGGCCGUGAGUGCAAAGACGUGCAGCCGCCCGAGGGGAGGAGCCGGGAGUGCCUGCUGACUGUGGUGCUGCGGGACGGCUCCAAGACCACACUGUGUGCCGAGAGCGAGGACGACGCCGUGGCUUGGAAGAUGGCCGUGCUGGAGUCUAAAUCCACCCCGGUGCACGUGUACGACCCCUACGACGACGACUAUUACCAGACAGUGCCCCUGGACUCGCACCAGGCCGCCUACAUCAGCUCCGGCCACUACGGCCACCAGUAUGGAGCUCCCGGCGUGACCCACGUCAUCGUGCGCGAGGAUCCCUACCGCGUCUCCGGGGACCAGAUGGCCCUGGGGCUGCUGGCGGGGGCGGCCACCGGYGCCGCCCUGGGCUCCUUCAUGUGGAUGCCGUGCUGGUUUUAGCCCCCGCCUCGCUCCCAACCCGCUCCCGGCUUGGAACCUGCACUGAGCCCCCCUCAGCCUCACCCAAACGCCCUGGGGACAGGGACCCCGCACACACCUUCCUCCCGGCCCCGGCUUCUGCAUUAAAUAACCCCCGUGUGCUUCAGAGCCCCCCAAACCCACUCCAGAACCCCACAGCAUCUGAUUCCCAUCGGCAGAGGGCCCUGGAGCUGCCAGGGCUGUUGGCAGAGCUUCCCCACCCCGAAUCUCCACAGGGAGCUGGCUGCAGAAAUACUGGGUUUGGGAGCAAGGGGUCCUCAUUUGGGGGGAAGUGGCUGGAUCUUUUUUGGCUGGGUGAACCCCACAAUGCAGAGGCUUUUUAAGGGCUUUUUUUGGGAGAGGCUCCAGCACCGGAGCAGGAGCUGACAUGGGGGGGCAACCACGGGGAUGCUCGAGAGGUGGGUGUAAAAAUAAGGAGGAGGAAAACCUUUGCAGGAUUUCCACCCCUUUCCACACACCAGUCCUCUGGGCCUAGCCAAGUUGGAGAAAUGGUGCAAAAGCCUCAGGAAGUGCAGUGAAACUCCUGGGAAUUGGGCUGAGAAGAGCCCAGGGAAUAUCCCAACCUCUCCAGGCAAGUGGGAAGGACACUCCUCCGUUUCACCCUGAUUUUUAGGAUGGGGAGACAGGCAGCUCUCCAUGGACACCAGGGAUCCUUUUGGCAGCCAGGCCGGGAUCUUCACAGCAGGGAUUUGGGAUUGAGGGGGGACACAUGGUCAGGCCAGGGGACAAGCAGCAGCUCAGGGUUUUGGUUGGGCAGCACCAGAGGGAUGGCGAUGGAAGGAGGAGGAUGGAGCAGCUGCCGAGUGUCACCCCUGGAGCCAGGAUUGUAUCCUGGAAACACAACUGACAUGAAAUGUAGGAAUCACAGACCCCACAACUGGAUAGAAAACCACCAGUGACACCAGCACCCCAGCCUGCUCUCCCUUUAGAGCCCCAGGGCAGUUCAUCCCUGUGCCCAUCGGGGGAUUGGGAUAUCCCAACACACGAUCCUCAUCCUCUCCUGCAUUCCCUGCCUCCUUCCUGCUGUGCACCCGCUCCCGGAAAGAGAACAAAAAGUACAAAACUAUCUCUUUGAAGUCUAAUAAAGGCAGCGAA